AUGGGUCGACCGCUGCAGCUCGCUGAGUUGCUCUUGGGAGAGCUUGGAUUGACUGAAUUCAAGGUGUCAGCGACGUGGAUUGGGCAAGACAAUGAUGCCAAAAUGCGCUCGCGAGUCCAAGGUAGUGGUUUGGUAGAGCACCGCUUUAACGAAGGACGACUAGCGUAGGAGAGAGAGAGGUCAUGUAUGUAUGUGAAGCAGCCAGGCAUUCAUUGAACCUCAAGUUGCGCCUGCUUGUGACAGUGUUAGAGAACCGGGAAGUUGGCGUCUAGAACCCAACUAUGGGUGCCUGUUUAGUCACGGAUGGACUGGGGUUUUCGAGGAUCUCGAUGUCGCAUUUGCCCUCAAGGUGUAG